UUGAAGCAGCGACUUUGCUGCCGCCUCUCCACCCUCUCCACAGCCGGAAGUCGGUGUGGACGGUCUAUUGAUUUUUUUUCCCCCUCUUCGCUUCGGUUUUUUUUUAUGCUUCGGUUUUUUUUUCUGGUUGUUUUUUCCCUGAUAGGACGGCGGAGCAGACACUGAGCGGAGCUGUCUGCUAACUGUAUGCUAAUCAGCGCGGUGGCUUUGAUUAACUACUGCACGUAAAGGGCCAAAAUGGAGCCGUGAUGUUGAGCUGUAGCUGCCUGUAAACAUUACACACCAGUGACUUUCGAUUGACCAUUACACUCGGAGACAUCACCUGUCCUCUGUUACUGGUUUUGGUUUUAUUUAUUAUUAUGUUAUCGCAUAUUUUGUACUGGUUGUCCUUGUAGUCUAACGAACGCUAAAGAUAACAAGGAAAAGUCACCGAAUCUUGCAGUUUGAGGCCAAUUGCAGAAAUGAUGGAAGAUUCACAUUUUAAUUCAUCAUAUUUCUGGUCCCCCAUCUCUGCAGUGCCAGGCCAGUCUCUUCUCUCCCAGCAUAUUGAAAAUGCCAUGUUUCUGAACAAGAUGAAGGAGCAGCAAGAGAAAGCCUCCUCCUUCUCUUCUUCCUCUGCGUCCCACUAUCAGACGGCUCUCCUCACCAUCCCCUCAGCUGGCUCUAAGUCUGAGGGAGGGGGGCAGGCGGGCAGCGCAUCGCACCUGCACCCCCCCCACAGCACCCAGAACAUCACGGUGCUGCCUGUGCCCUCCACGGGCAUCAUGACGGCAGCGGGUUUAGUCAUCACGACUCCUCAGGGAACUCUCGUCUCUCCCACCUCCUCUCAGUCCUUUGUCUCUGGGCAUCCAGCGACAACCAUGAUCGUGUCAGCGCUCCAUCCUCCAGACAAAAAAGAAGGUGACGGAGCGCCCCACGUUGUUGUGAUGCCAACGCCGUCCAAACGAGGCAGAAAGAAGAAGACGACCGUGACCAUCAGUUCCAUUGGAGGGCAGGGGCAUGAAACGAUAAUGUUGGCACAAGCACUGACGGGUGGCAGUCAGCAUCACAGUCGAGACCCGUAUGACCUUUCCAAUGAGGAUGAAGACCACGGUCCAAAGGACAGCACUAAGACCUACAGGUGCCGGAUGUGUGCGGCGACCUUCUUCAGUAAGUCUGACAUGCAGAUCCACUCCAAGUCGCACACAGAGGCCAAACCUCACAAGUGUCCCCACUGCGCCAAGUCAUUUGCCAACUCCAGCUACCUGGCCCAGCACAUCCGCAUCCACAGCGGGGCUAAGCCCUACUCCUGCUCCUACUGCCAGAAAUCAUUCAGGCAACUCAGUCACUUACAGCAGCACACACGGAAUCACACGGAGUCGAAGCCUCACAAGUGUCCCCACUGCACCAAGUCCUUUGCCAACUCCAGCUACCUGGCCCAGCACAUCCGCAUCCACACCGGAGUGAAACCCUACUCCUGCUCCUACUGCGAGAAGUCCUUCAGACAGCUGAGCCACCUCCAGCAACACAACAGGAUUCACACCGGAGAACGGCCGUACAAGUGCAUCCACCCAGGCUGUGACAAGUCCUUCACUCAACUCUCAAACCUACAGUCCCACCGGCGUCAGCACAACAAAGACAAGCCCUACAAGUGCCCCAAUUGUAACAAAGGAUACAUAGAUGCAGCCAGUCUGGAGGUGCACAUGUCCACACACACUGUCAAACACGCCAGGAUCUACUCCUGUGGCCUCUGCAACCGCUCCUACACCUCAGUAAGACAAAUGUCCAUUUCUGAAGAGAAUUUCUACAUGAAACACUGUGAAUCUGCUCACUGGCACCAGACGCCUGACACCUGCUUAACCUCAUGUAGUCACAUGUCCACUGUUUACCCUUUACCUGUCCUCCCCUCAUCUCAGGAGACCUAUCUGGUGAGACACAUGGAGAAACACAAUCCAGACCAGUUGACUGUACCGGCAGUUGUGGAACAACAAAACCAGAACCAAACCCAGGGCCAGGCAGGGGCUCAGAGCCGCUUAGAGGGCACAGAUAGAGGAUCAAAUCGCUCUGGAGGUGGAGGUGGAGGUGGACGAGCGAGUGGAGGCCAGCAGGGGCAGGGGCAGAGUAACUACCCCCAGACAGAAAACAUCCCCUGUCCCUUUGACUUGCACCAGUACAAGACAGUGUCUGCCAACGACCUCCAGUACAAACCAGUCAGUGUUUCUGACAUCAGCUCUCACAAAGAUCUCUGUCUCACUGUGUCGGCCUCCGCCAUCCAGGUGGAGCACCUCAACUCCUAGACUGAAGGAGAACGGAGGAUUAAAGCAAUACUGAGACGGAGAGAGAGAGAGAGAGAAAAAAAAGAACAUUGAACACAUUAGACUCUGCCUAAACAAAUGUUUGGGACAAAAAAACAAAACAAAAAAAAAACCAACGAUGAUUUUAGUGACACAAUGUUUGGAGACUAUCACUCUGUUUUAUUACGUUUGUCUCUUAUUUUCCUUCUGCCUCGUUUGCCUUAUUUUCUUUAUGUUUAGCCGUCCUGUCUGGGUAUAAAGUGCAUGUAAAAGCUGCAAUAAAGUCUGUCUCAUCCAUCACACUGAUGGUUUUA